CCCGGAUGUGUGUGGUGGCGGCGGCCGAAGAGCUAGUGUGCGGAGCUGAGAGGCCUAUGGAUGAGGAGGACGCGGCGGCCCCGGUUUGGUCUCAUGAACAAGAUGGAUGACCUCAACCUGCACUACCGGUUUCUGAAUUGGCGCCGGCGGAUCCGGGAGAUUCGAGAGGUCCGGGCUUUCCGAUACCAGGAGCGGUUCAAGCACAUUCUUGUAGAUGGAGACACUUUGAGUUACCAUGGAAACUCUGGUGAAGUUGGCUGCUACGUGGCUUCUCGACCCCUGACCAAGGACAGCAAUUAUUUUGAGGUAUCUAUUGUGGACAGUGGGGUCCGGGGCACCAUUGCUGUGGGGCUGGUCCCUCAGUACUACAGCUUGGAUCACCAGCCUGGCUGGCUGCCUGACUCCGUGGCCUACCACGCUGAUGAUGGCAAGCUGUACAAUGGCCGAGCCAAGGGCCGCCAGUUUGGGUCAAAGUGCAACUCCGGGGACCGGAUUGGCUGUGGCAUUGAGCCUGUGUCCUUUGAUGUGCAGACUGCCCAGAUCUUCUUCACCAAAAAUGGGAAGCGGGUGGGCUCCACCAUCAUGCCCAUGUCCCCAGACGGGCUGUUCCCCGCAGUGGGCAUGCACUCCCUCGGUGAGGAGGUGCGGCUGCACCUCAAUGCGGAGCUGGGCCGCGAGGACGACAGUGUCAUGAUGGUGGACAGUUACGAGGAUGAGUGGGGCCGGCUGCACGAUGUCCGAGUCUGCGGAACUGUUUCCAGGGCGGGUGUCAGCCUGCCCGCACUCCCGACUCUUCUCCCUCAGCUGCUGGAGUACUUGGGCAAGGGCAAGAGCAUCGUGGACGUGGGGCUGGCCCAGGCCCGGCACCCGCUGAGCACCCGUAGCCACUACUUCGAGGUGGAGAUCGUGGACCCUGGAGAGAAAUGCUACAUCGCCUUGGGGCUGGCCCGGAAGGACUAUCCCAAGAACAGGCACCCUGGCUGGAGCAGGGGGUCUGUGGCUUAUCAUGCAGAUGACGGGAAGAUCUUCCAUGGCAGUGGCGUGGGGGACCCCUUUGGGCCACGCUGUUACAAAGGGGACAUUAUGGGCUGUGGAAUCAUGUUCCCCCGGGACUACAUUCUGGACAGUGAGGGUGACAGUGAUGACAGUUGUGACACAGUGAUCCUGUCCCCAACUGCUCGGGCCAUCCGGAAUGUCCGGAAUGUCAUGUACCUGCACCAGGAGGGGGAAGAGGAAGAGGAGGAAGAGGAGGAGGAGGAAGAUGGAGAAGAGAUAGAGCCAGAGCACGAGGGCAAGAAGGUGGUGGUUUUCUUCACUCGGAAUGGCAAGAUCAUUGGGAAGAAGGAUGCUGUUGUACCCUCUGGGGGCUUCUUCCCCACCAUUGGAAUGCUGAGCUGUGGGGAGAAAGUCAAAGUGGAUCUGCAUCCCUUGAGUGGCUAGAGGCUCCUGCCCUAGACCUGCCCCUUCUCCCUCUCCUCACCCUUUGCAGGACCAGGUACCCAGUGCCUGAGUUUCCCGAGGAUUUGCUUACCCAGCAGGUCCCAUGAGGUGCAUAGUCACUCUGCCCCUGCCACACCAGGCCCCUGCCAAGCUCCUCGGUGCCCACAUUUCUGACCUGGUGCCGCCCUUGUCAUCAGGCCCUGGGACCCAGUCCGUGGUUGGACAGGAACAGGCCCAAAGAAGGGUGUUGCUGUACCAAUGGGUCCCCCUUGCUUUGGCCAGUGGGUUCCCACAUCCCCUUUCCCCAGGGGCCCGCGUGAGUGGAGUGGAGUGAGCACCGUCUCAGCUGCUAUUUGGGCACGAGGCUCUGCAGAGGGGGGAGUAGAGACGCCCCUCUACCAUUUACCACAGUAUUUCUCCUUGCAUUCUGCUCUUUUUUGUUCCCUGUCCUCAUCGUGUGAACCAGUUGCUGCUGUCGUCCCCCCUGGCUGGGCUAGGGGGGUUCUCUUGGGCCCUCUGUUUCGUUUCACUGACUGCCGUCCCAAGAAGACUCCUCCAGGGUCUCCGUUCUUUCCCGAGAGCCAGCUUUCCCCCUCACUGCCUGCUCAGGCCCCCCAGUCCCACAGAGUCGAAGUCUCCAGCUCCCGCAGCUGCGCACAGAGAUGGGCACCCGUGACAGGUCUGGUGGAGUGAGAGGGGCUGCGAGGUGGGGGCCUGGGGCCCUGGCUCCUCUCCAGCCCCACCCUCUGCUCACCCGUGGCACCCGUCCCUUGGUCCCUGCGAUGCAGGCUGAGACUCUGGAGCAUGUCUCUCCGGCCGUGGGGACAGCAAGACCUCGAGCCCUGGCCGAGUGUGCCCAGGGGAAGGCUUGGCCCCUCACCCCCUGCCCCCCACCCCCCCAGCUUGCUGCCUGUUGUGCUUCAGUGUUGGAUUCUAGCACUUACCUGUAUCUUCCCCCCGAGCCCUCCUAUCUCCCACCGCUUGACCCCUGGCCUCUCCCCAUACAGUGACUUCUCCUGAGAGGAGGAGGGAGCAGGAGCUGUUGGCUUUGGUUUGCACAGACUGGGUAGGGCUUUGGGGAAAGGGGGUGAGCUGUUGUGCUGCUGGGGCCUCCCCUAUGGCCCUCCCUUCAGGCCCUGCACUAUGAUGUAAGAAAUGUAUGUACAGACCAGAGAUGUUUAUACAGCCAAUAAAGAUGGAGUUUCCGUAUUUAUAGUACGGCCGGGACAGGGGAAUCCUUUCCAGUACACUGGGGUAGGGACAGGGCUGGAGGUGGGGGCAGCCGAGGGCAGCUUGCCCACCGGGGACAUGUGGACUAGCAUGAGGCCAAGACU